AUGUUGAGCAGUCUGCUACAAGGGCGAUGUAUACGGUUAAACUGGAAAUCGGUGGUGUUUUUAAUGAUGUCCCUCAUCCUGUCACAUGUGAGAAUCAUUCAAUCAUCCGUCAAUUCCAACAAUCCUGAGGUUACGCCUACUAAACUUGAGAAAGUCAGCUCCGACACGGAUCGCUCAGUUGUAACCAUCAACUCCGGCUCCAAAUCAUCCUCCGAUUCUAGUCACUGCCCUAACGACACCUUAUGUACAGAUCUUCCUAACUCCUGCCUACAGUGCACGUACGUUCCGCAAUGCACGUAUGGCGCAGAAAUCAACGUAACCUGCGUACCAAAAACGAACGUAAACUGUCACGUGGACAAGCUGAAAACCACUAGCCAGAACGAGAUCAAGCGGUCCAUGGUCUGUCGGUACUGCUACCAAACGGAACGCUGGGAGCACACCUGCGAACAGAAGGGCGGUUGCAACUCGAUCGAUUCGCAGUACAAAACCAACUGCACCGUGCAUCCGGAGAUGCUGUGCAUGGGGCACCGGACAUUCAUGAUGAAGAUCCCAUGCAACUGGACUCAGGGCUACCGGUGGGCAACGACGCUAAUCGUGAGCAUUACGCUGGGAGGCUUCGGUGCGGAUCGGUUCUUCCUCGGCCACUGGCAGGAGGGCAUCGGCAAGUUGUUCAGCUUCGGUGGGUUGGGCGUUUGGACGUUGAUCGAUGUGCUGCUCAUCUCGUUGCACUAUCUUGGUCCCGCCGACGGGUCACUCUACAUAUAAUCUUGAUCCACCGCGUGAGUGCGUAGACGCUAACUACUAAGGCCAAAUUGUGAUACGACGUGUUACUG